GGCAGCGCGGCCCCGGCCCGGCCCCAGCGGCGGCGCCCCGCGGGCAGCGCUCAGCAGAAACCAGUGUGGUUCCAUGAAGAAAAGCCAUCAGCGAUGAUGCUACAGGAUAGGUCUCACAUGAGGGUCCUUGAAAUGAGAGGCAGCUCUCCACUACUGUAGCUGGAACUCGUCUCUUGAGAGGCUGGAGACAACAGCUUGGUAAAAGAAGCUACCAGGAGCUGGCAGGAUGAGUUACAGCUCACCCUCUGUACAUGACUUGUAUCACAGCACCACCACGACGGCCAAGCCAGACCCAGGAACAACUCUGGAUGUGACUGUACCAGAAACAGCUACUGUAAGCCCUGAGACUACUAGUUUCAACAGCACCAAAAUCCCAGACGUGGCCAGCAGUGGACCUGGCAUGAGCACAAUGCUGCUGUCCUUCGGGAUCAUUACUGUGAUUGGGUUGGCUGUAGCUGUGGUUCUGUAUAUCAGGAAGAGGAAGAGGUUGGAGAAGCUACGGCACCAGCUCAUGCCAAUGUACAACUUUGAUCCCACCGAAGAGCAGGAUGAACUGGAGCAGGAGCUGCUUGAACAUGGGCGAGAUGCAGCAUCUUCCCAGGCGUCCCAGAGCAAGAUUCUGCUGACGAAUCAAGGAGCCCUCCAAAGACCCAGCCGUCUUGUGUUCACAGACGUUGCCAAUGCCAUCAAUGCAUGAACAAUACCUGCCCCUGCUCUGGGAUUGUGCCGAGACUGGGGAGGAUGGAGCCAACAAGCCACUGACUUCUCACGAGCAUGGCUGAGUCCCGGAGCCCAGCCGGUCACUCUGCUGGUUUGUGGUACAGAUGGGCACAAGCACUGGGAACAGUCGUCACUUUGGGAAGAAAACCCUUUGUGAUGGCAGUAGCAUUUUUUGAUGUGUCCGUUACUACUAAAGGGUUCCGAGCUGCCAUCCUCUGGGUUCCGGGCUGGUGCUGACAGACGCCAUCUACCAGGCCGCAUGCUUAGGAACAGUGCCCACUUUGUUGUAGUGUAACUUAUCGGAGCACACGUGUGAGCGCUCUGGGUCAGGGAGAGGUGCAUGUUUCACACAGCUUCCCUGUUGACUUUGUGCCACCAGAUCCCUGGGAAAGCGAUGAAUGAGCCUCCCUGUGCAGCUUUGGCAGAUCCUGGAGGGCUGACUGGUGGCAAAGCCUCUUUGAGCUGGGAAAGCUGACUCUCCUAGCUGAGCGGUAAUCUGGGACACGCAAGGGAAAACACACACCAUGGGCUUAUCCCAUUGUGGCAUGUGUGAUGCUGAUAAAUGUGAGCCUGGGCCGAUGUUGCAGCACGGGGAAUUCAAUAGUUCUAAAAAGUGAAAUGGUGAACAUUUGGCUGGUAACUUCUUAACUGAGGAGAUAAUCUGUGAAUAUCCCAAAUCAGGGCUGCCAGAUGUAGAGAGGGGAUUUCACACAGCUAGAGGCAGGGGCUGUCACAUCUAGCUACAUGACUCCCUGCCACUGACAUGGGAACACCAGUGCCUGAGCCAGAGAGGAGUUGAGCACUGAAGAGAACUGGGGCUGAUACCCAGUAUCCUUUGGGCUUCAGCUCGGGGAAGUUUUUACAGUGCAGAGAGAAGAUUAAGCCUUGUUUUUUUUUGUUUUUUUUUUUGUUUUGUUUUUUCUUUUGAAUGAGGAUUAACAGGUAUUGGCUCCACAUUGCAACAGGUGUGCCUAGAGGUGGCUGAACAUGUGGUUGCUUCCUUACCUGCUAGGACCUGCAGUCAGUCUUCUCCCUGCUGAAGGAAACAGAGUUUUGUGUUAGCCUUUGCUCGUGUUACCUGCUAGUGCAGAAGGUGGGUCUGAGCAGGUAAGCCAGCAGUUAACCUGUAACCUUGAAGCACCCUGCUGCCUGCAUGUCCUUCAGGGCUGCAGGAGAGAGAGUGUGAAGGGAUCUCUGGCCACCUUGGCAUGCUGCAGUGCAGCAUGAGGGCUGUCCUCCUCAGAGCCUCUGGUGGCCACCAGCCUAGAGUGCUGCUGGCCAGCACAGUGGCCAGGGGCUGGCAGCAGGGUCCAGGCUGGGCUCUCACACCGCAAACAAAGAGCAUGGCAGAAAGGACAAGAGGAGGGUCCAGAACAACCACAGCACCAGGAAGGUGCCCCAUGCUCCCUGCCCCAUGCCUCGGUCAUGAAACUGCCGGGAAAAUCAAAAGAAGGGAUGUGCAUCUGCCCACCCCGUUCAGACAGCAUGAUCUGGGGGAAGGGGUGCUCCUUUUUGCUAACCUGCUGCCAGAGAUCGACCCUCACUCCUGGUUGGGUGGUGGCUUUAGAUCCCUGGAGGUGAAUGCACAAAUCAAACUGUCUCACUGCUGCGUUAGUGGUGCGCAAGCGUCAGUCCCCAGUCAUAUACUACUCGCCUACUGAUUUUUCUGCAGCACAUGCAUUUGUCAGAUCCUAUUCCAUCCACAGCACCAGUUAAAAGGGAAUCAGGGCCAGCCAAAAUUUGAAUGCGGAUCUAAAGGUGAGCUUUAUGCAAGGAGGUGUUUCACUGAGUAGUAAUUCAGGUAUCACGUGCUUUGUUGCAACUUUGGGCCUGCUAGCUAGUUUUUGUUCUCCCAGAUCCUGUUUUUUUGCUUCCCACUGUGAUUUUCCUUUGCUAUUCACAGAUGCAAACACUUUCCCGUGCACACGCCACUGACCCCUGCCACAGUGAACAGUUACUCACCAGCUCUACCUUCUUCACUACACAGCUUCCCUAAUGGCAUUUUUGCAGUUGCUUUAUUUUUUCAGUAUCCCCCUUCCUUUUUAAAACCAGAGAGUUCUGAAAGUGUGGUAAGGCUAGGAGUGUCAGCACGUGUAGAAAAUGGCCCAUCCUUUAUAACCGGUAGAUACAGCAGGAGGCAUUCCCAGCUUGUUGAGGUUUGCACUCCAGGGAGACUGCUGGAAGGGGGUGUGGGUACAAAUAUUUGGUGUAAUCUGGUGUAGGUCCUUAGAAUUUGGAGGCCACCAUCUCUGGGUCUUCCCAGAGGUUAUGCUUACAUGACCAGCUAAAAAAAGCAACCCCCUCCCCACCCCUGCCUCAACUUACCAUCUCUUUAUCUCCUCCGAGUGCUCCCUGAGGACAGCCAGCCACAGAGAUGUCAGAUUUUUCCCUUCAGCAGCUGGCACAUCAUUGCCCGCCAUGCUCCUGUGCUUUGCAGCAGGAUGGGGAUGCAGGCGGUGGCAAUGGUGCCCUAACCUGCAAGCGUUCAACCCCUAGAACUCAUAGCACUGGAACUUUGUUGUCAUUUUACACUCUACAAAAGGCAACCAUAAGCUGGCUGUUGCCUCAGACCACUCCAUGUAUUGCACAGGCAGCUGCCAAGCAGUGCAUCUGCCAGCUCAGGUACAAAAACAGGCACCUCAUUCCACGUUAAUGCUGAGAUAUCCCAUGUAACAAACACACCUGCAGAGGAAUUCUCUUUAACCCUUCUUCCUGCAGUGGUAGGCUUUGUCCUGUGAUGACUGCCCUUAGAUUAAAGGAGUACAGAAAAUAAGACUAAAAGAAUAUUACGGGUAUUUGCUGGGCUUGUACUGGAGUAUUCUUUUAGUUCAAUAGCGCCUUCACUCACAGUUCUUGGACAUAUGUACAACGUAGCAGAAGCAUUAUGAUGUAAUUUAAUUCAAGUGUUUCUGUGUCUUAAGCAUUUAAAUAUAAUUAAAGUAUUUACAUGAAAA